CCUUAUUAUGUAUUUUCAAGGAAUAAAAGCUUAAUGUCUUGAUGGACGGCUCCAAUUGCUUUAUCAGAGCUGGGUUUUUGUAGAGGAUUGGUGUCGAUCAGCUUUCAGAGUGUGAAAUCUUCAGCAUUAAAAUGGAUAUGUUACUGGUUAUAUUCAGUAUUUUCAAACUGAUAGAGGCUAGCUCUGGAUUUCAUAUUAGUACGGAGGGGAGUAAAACAAUUGCCGACAUAGAAGCUGAAAAUGCAACUUUGAUUCUAAAUUGUUCAUAUAUAGAAGGUACAGUAAUUAUCAGUGACCAUGCCAUCACUUGGAGGAAAACCAGUGGUGAUAAUGUAGCUGGUUUUGCAAAACCAGGGGGUCCAGAUCCUGUUUAUUAUGCAGGUGGAGAAUAUCUUCGAAACAGAUCGGAACUUGUAACACCAACUGCAAAUUCAACAUAUGCUUUGAUUAUGAUAAACAAAGUGACUUGUGACGACGAGAAGCCGUCAUUCCAAUGCGCCAUAGUAUACAAUCAAGAUGGUUUUAAAACCGCAGUAUCUGGAGAAAUAUCGAUGUCACUUCAAAAGUCCUCCAAACAACCUCUUGAUAGUCCAUUGAUUUCAAGCACAGAAUUAGAAGAAAACCAAGACGUGGAAUUAUCAUGUAUCGGAGAUGUGGGGAAACCACCGGGGGUUCUAAAAUGGUGGAAAAUCCGUAAUAAUAACGACUUCUCUCUCAUCAAAGAAUCUGAUCCAAUACCCGAUGAAGCCGGAAAUUGUGAAGUUAUUACCAGUGUGAACACUACAUACACGGUCACAAGGGAUGAUAAUGGGGCCUUCUUUCGGUGCACCUCGCAUAACAACAUAACAAAGAAUGAAGAUCCAGAAGACACAUUACUGUAUAGAGAUACCAUAAAAAUAAAUGUCCUGUAUAAAGCUAUGGUUCUCAGAAUCAUCAGAGUCCCAGAACUGGAUGUGUAUCCAAUAUCCACUUCGAAGCUCAACCUGACGUGUUUAGCUGACGGAAACCCUGCACCAACUGACAAAGAUUACAAAUGGACCUUUCAACCUUUCCAUUCCAACACAACAAUAGAAAAGAAUUCGAAUGGGAAAUUUCUUUUAUUCCAGAGUCUUCAAGAAGCUGACUCUGGAACAUACACCUGUUCUGUCACAAAUACUUUAAAUUCGACACAUUUUUUAAAUGUUACAAUUAUUGUUAAUGGAACUAUUCCAGAACCAAAACCUUCUUUACACUGUCAUUCCAAUCCGUGUGGAGCUCUAGAGAAUUGUGUGGAAACUGGACAUGAGUACAAAUGUGAAACCAAUACCAUGAGUGUUGUUGGAGUCCUGUUUAUCGUUUUGACUAUAGCGUCCCUAUCUGUAUCGUUUGGACUUGCAUACUACCUGCGUAAACUUCACAAAGUUUCUCAAAUUGGCGUUCAGAACAGCAAAAUUAGCAGAGGUAACGCCAACACACUCCCAAUGACAGAAACAACGGGUGACCUAAAUACUCGCAAUGGAACUGUUCCCUCCAACGAGACAAAAGACGCUGUGUAUGCUCAAAUAAAAAAACCGUAAUCCUUACUACCAGAAAGUGGCCUUCCUUCAUUGACUGAUUCAUAAAUUAAAAAAAAAGAUACUUAAGCUGACAUUUCCUUUCAUCGAGUAUUAUUUCGAAAUGAUUCUAAGAGUGUAAGAAACAAAAUUUAGCCUUUCUCUAUAAAUAUUUUCAUACAAUCUGUGUGACACGGUGUAGUACUUUUUACAUAUGAUGUAUAUAAUUCUAUAAUUGUAAAAUAUAAUAUACAUG